AUGGCUUCUUUUAAGCUCCUUUAUUGGAUGUGCUGGGCAUACUGGAUGCUCAUCGCAGUCAAAGCUAACGAUCAAGACAAUGACAAGAUACGGAUAUCUGCGGGACCCGUCGAACAUACAACCUCAUCAUUGAACGAGGACGUAGAUAGAGUCACAUACUUUAAGGAAUCAACCACAGUUCUAGCCAGAACAAUGUCUGGCAAAAUGUACAAGUCCUCUGAUGAAGGUGGCAAAUGGGAACGUGUUCUGCAAGAUAAUGGCAGAAUCGUCAUGUUUGGAAUGCACGACAGCUCAAUCACUCGUGCCUACUUCUUUAACGAGAAGGAUGAAGGAUUCUAUACUACAGACCGUAUGAAUAGUGUGAAAGCUAUGACACUGCCUGCCCUUCCCAAUGGACUUCGAGUACCUCUUCUCGAUUUCCACCCCGAAGAAAGUGACUGGUUGGUAUUCGUUGGCGGUGGACGAGACUGUCCUGGCUCCAAAUGCUUUACUGAGGUCUUUACCUCAAAGGAUUAUCGCGAGUGGAAGCCAAUAGAGACUUGGGCACAAAAAUGUGUCUGGUCGAGAGACUUUGGAUUUGCUGGCACUACGAUUCCGAAGGAUGCUGUGUAUUGUGCUAGCUGGAAGAAUAAGAAUGGUGUUGUCGGCCAAGAUGCUCUAGGAUUGGGCUUUGGCGAUAACGUAUUGCAGAUGGUCAUGAUUUACGCUGAUGGCACCAAAAAAGUGCUCAUAGAUAAAAAUGUUGUCGAUUAUUACGUAGUAGACGGCAUUCUAGUCGUAGCUGUGGGCGACAUGACUGGAAUCAAGUUGAUGGUAUCGGUUGAUGGGAUCAAUUUUGCUGAUACUAAAUUCCCUCCCAAUGUCAACGUGAAACACAAUGCUUUCACAAUUUUGGAAUCCACGACAGAUAGUAUAUUUUUGGACGUUUCCAUCUCCUCUGAUUAUCACCGUGAAUAUGGCAGUCUGUAUCGCUCUAAUGCCAAUGGAACAUUUUACUCCAAGCUUCUCGACCGAACCAAUAGAAACGAAGCGGGUAUUGUCGAUUUCGAAAAGCUACAGGCCAUUCCUGGUAUCGUAUUAACAAACAUAGUGGCCAACCCUGAAGAUGUCACUUCUGGUAGUCGUAAACGAAUCGCUUCACGAAUGUCCUUUGAUGACGGAGCAACUUGGGCUGGACUCAAAAUGCCAACCAAGGAUGCGAAUGGCAAUCCCAUCAAAUGUGAUGCUGAUGAUGGAUGCUAUCUCCAUUUGCACUCGCACGCAUCUAUUCGAGAUAGUGAAUCUGCUACAGGAACCAUACACUCUGCUGAGUCUAUACCAGGAGUAGUUUUGGGUGUUGGUAAUGUAGGAUCCAGGUUAAUGGACUACAAGUCUGGAAACGUCUAUAUCAGUCGUGAAGCUGGACGUAGUUGGACUGAAAUUCGACGUGAUGCUCAUAGAUGGGCCAUUGGUGAUCACGGCGCUAUGAUUGUAAUGGUGAACGAUGAAGGACCAACUGAUACUCUCGCAUACACUUACGAUUUCGGUACAACAUGGAGCGAAUACAAGUUUACCGAUAAGCCCAUUCGAUUACAAACAAUCACUACAGAACCAUCAGCCACGUCUCUUAAAUUUAUAAUUGUCGGAAUCAGUAAAGAUGGUGACACUUCCCUCUUCCAGCUCGACUUUACCAAUGUGCUUCCUAAACAAUGUACCGACUCUGACUUUGAAAAAUGGUCUCCUCAUGAUACUGCUGGAGCUGAUCGUUGCUUCUUGGGUGCCGAGGUUGAAUAUACUAGAAGAAAAGCCGACAGUAAAUGUUUUGUUGGUAAAGAAUUCACAGAUUUGAAGAGAACCAUCAAAACUUGUGCUUGCACAGAGAAGGACUUUGAAUGUGAUGCUGGAUAUUACCGAGAAGUAGUUGAUGGAGUUGCUAAAUGUAAAGUCAAUGGAGCUGAUUUCAACCAGCCCAAAGACUGCAAGGCCGGAACGUCAUAUUCAGCACCAUCUGGAUUUAGAAAGAUUGGUCUGUCUAAAUGCCAAGGUGGCGUCGAUCUAGAAAAGACCAAAGUAGAUCGACCAUGUGGUGAUGCCGUCAAAACUCCAGGUGGUGGUGUUGAUGUUGUGAUUACCACAUUUACAUUUGAUGAUGAAAUGGCUGACUACAUGUACUUUAAUCAAUCUAAAACCGUCCUCAUACGUGACUAUGCUGGAGUUGUUUGGAAAUCUCCUGAUCAAGGCAAAUCAUGGGAACAUGUAAUGACGGAUGUCACUCGGUUCUCCUCCAUGCUGUUAGAUACGUAUCGAGACAGCAGGGCCUUCUUUCUUACUGCCGGAAAGAAGCAAUAUUAUACCAAAGAUAAAGGAACCACAUUUUCUAGCUUCAAUGUCCCUACUGAAGCUAAUGAACUCGGUGUGCCUCUUCUAAGAACGCAUCCUGAUGAACCUAACUGGUGGAUUUGGGUCGGAUCAGAAGACUGUGCUAGUUUAGAUUACUCGUCAAAGUGUCAUACUGUAGCAUACGUUACAUGGAAUCAAGGAGAUUCAUGGAGCAAAAUCGAAACAUAUGUCAAUAAUUGCGACUGGGGAAGGCACAAAGUCUUCAAAUCACCUACCAAAGAAACGAUAUAUUGUCAAGCAUAUACCGCUAAAGAAGGCAAUCAACGACGUAUGAAUCCUCGAACUCAUACCUUGACGUUAUCAAGGGCCAAAGAUGGUGGUAGAUCGUGGGAGUCUCGAUUUAGGAAUACUGCAGGAUUUGCUAUUUUCGAAGAGUUUAUGGUGGCUGCAGUAUUACACGAGGAUACUCGAGAGCUACUGCUGUAUGUCACAAUGGAUGGGAAUGACUGGGCUCUUACCAUGUUCCCUCCGUCCUUUCAAAUGCCUGAUUUAGGAUAUACCAUCUUGCAAUCGACAACAGGUUCCAUCUUUAUUGACGUAUACAUGUCGAAUUCCGUAGAAGGUGAAUUUGGCAGCCUCUUUAAAUCUAAUUAUAAUGGAACCAUGUAUUCCAAUAUUGUCAAGUACACAAAUCGAAAUUCCAAAGGAUAUGUCGACUUUGAAAAGAUGCAAGGAGUUGAAGGUAUCGCCAUGGUAAAUACUGUGACGAAUCCUACCGAUGUAUCUAUUGGUGAUGCAAAGAAGGUCCAGACUCAAAUCACUUUUGACGAUGGAAGCACUUGGGUGGACUUGAUACCCCCUAGUACUGAUUCGCAAGGAAACGCUUAUGAUUGCAAAUCAUCGUCAUGCUCCUUAUCCCUCCAUUCGUAUACAGAACGACGGGAUUCUCGAGACCAAUUCUCUGCCUCAUCUGCUAUUGGUCUGAUGGCAGGUGUUGGUAAUGUCGGAAAGUAUUUAAACAAGUAUACAGAUGGUAACACCUUCUUGACUCGAGAUGGUGGACGAACAUGGCGUGAAGUUACAAAAGAUGCUCAUAUGUGGGAGUUUGGUGAUCAUGGUGGUAUAAUGGUGCUGGUUAACGAUGAAGCACCCACCGAUAUAAUUAAAUAUUCCCUCGAUGAAGGCCUGACCUUCCAAGACUUGAAGAUAACGGAUGAUGGUAGUAAACUUCGAAUCACACAUGUUAUUACUGAACCUGCAGGAACCACUGCACAUUUUAUAUUAUUUGGUCGUCGAGCAGAUGGUAGUCUCAAUUUUGGAGCAUCCAAGACCGUUGCGGUGCAUCUAGACUUUUCUGGUGCACAUGAUGGGAGAAUGUGUAAGCUGGAUACCUCGAAUCCUGAAGCUAGUGAUUUCGAGGUUUGGAGUCCUGGACCACCAGGUCAAAAUGAGAGCUGCAUCUUUGGUCACAAGGUUGAUUAUUAUAGAAGGAAACCAAGCCGUCCUUGCAACAUUGGUGAAGCAUAUCUAUCGGUACCACUCGUAUCCACCAACUGUAUAUGUACAGAAUCAGAUUUCGAGUGCGACUUCAACUAUGUAAGAGACUCGAAAGGCUCAUGCACCUUGGUACCUGGUGGAGUCAUACCAGUCUCGACUUGUGAAAGUGACGGAUACAAAUAUGUGUCUACUGGAUACAGGAGACGAGCCAAGACCACUUGUACUGGUGGUGUAGAUCUCGCUACUGGUGAAAAGAUUUGGUGUGGUACUGCUGGAGCUACGGCUGGAGCUGUUAUUGGGUAUCUGCUGCUCAGUCUGACUAUUGCUGGUACUGUUGGUGGUGGAGUUUGGUAUUAUAGAAAGUAUGGAUUCACUGGUGGUGCUAUCAGGCUACCCGACGAUUUCGCAGCAUCAACAGCACGAUCUUCGCAGCACUGGGCCGAAAGGACGGGUCUUGCAGUGCGAUAUGUUGCUCUGGGCGCUCUAGAUGGUGCUUACUGGACAUGGGAUGCCGCCCGAGCCGGAUUCGAUUGGGUUCGAGCAAGGCUGACACGCGGAAGAGGAUACCAGCCAGUUAGCGCUUUCGAGGGCGCGAUGGACGAUGGCGAUGAAGGUCUUUUGUAUCUUGACGAUUAG